UAGCAGGGCGGGCGUGUGCUGCCGCCCACCGAAACAGCAAAAUUCAGUCUCGACGUCCACUCCGCGCGGUCCGCCCGUCGUCUCCCGCGGCGACAAAACGAAAAUAACUCAAAUUAAUAUUACUCACUAAUAAUUAUAACCAUAAGUGAUAAAUAAAACACGCCAUUUCUGUCGCCAUUUUGUGUUUAUCAUUUUUAGCGGGAGCGACGUAACGCGACGAAAAUUUAAAAAUUAGUGCGUUUCGGAUACACGGUGUGGAAUUUUGUGCACCGAAUUAAAGGAUUACUAAAGGAUUCUUAUCAACAAGAUCCCAUAACGAAACGCACAUCGAAAGACAAAGCGAUCCGUAUAGGCGAAAGACCGCGGACGUUCGAGACAGCACCCGAAACGACGAGCCGGUGGCGUCCAACAUGGCGUCCACUGACAUAUCGACCUCCAGCCAACAAAGCACAGCCCCAGAAGACCACAAGCGGACCUUCGACGAUGCGUUCCUCAACAGACUGAAAGCUCUCGUCGAAAGGUUGCGUCUUGACAACGCCAACUUGAAGAAAGCUCUAGACUCCGAGCGGGGCGAAGUCCGAGCUUUGAAAGCCCGACACGAAAGCACAAUCAGAAAUCUAAAGACUGAAUACAAAAAGAAAGAAGAGUUCUUAGAAAAACAGUUAAGAACGUAUUCUAUAAAACCGGAGAAGUUAGAAGAUAGUCAAUCGAGUUGCAACAAAAUUAUUGAAUUAAAACGAUUAACGACAGAGAUUCAGUCUUUGAAAGCGGCGAAUAGGGGCCUUCAAGAGAAACUCAAGGUGGCGCAGGCGGCGGAGUGCGCGCGUGCGGCGGAACUCCGGGCGCAGUGCGCACGACAUGCGGCGACGGAGCUGACAGCGCGUAGGGACGCGCGCGCGCAGUGCCAUAAACUGCUGGAGGAAAUCAAAUCGAAAGAGCGAGUGAUAGCACAGCUGCGUCGGGAGGCGGCGCGGGCGACAACCUCGCACAACGAACAGGCGCAAAGAAUGGAGUGUGGCUCCACCGAUCUUGGUAGGAAGCCACGAGGUGACCGUGAGGUGAAAGAAAAAAGCAACCGGGAAGAUUUAAAAACUGAUAUACAACAUAGAAAAGAAACAUUUUAUAGGGAGGCGCCUUCGGACGAGGACUCUGCGGUAUCUUCCGCGCCCGCCUCCCUUUCCCCGCAGCCGCACGCCGACAUGUGGACUUGUGGCGAGUGCCGGGCUGCGGCGACGCGCGCGGCGGCUGCGGCGGCGGAGAACGCGCGGCUUGCGGACGCGCUGCGCGACGCGCGCGAUCAGCUCGAGCUAAUGGAGUUUCGUCUGCUUGAGCUAGAAGACGCACACCCGGAGAAGGGUGCUAGGGACAACCUAACCGACUCGGAUUCGGGCUGCGUGUCCCCCGGCUCCCGGAUUAAGGACUCCGCAUCGCCGGAACUCAAGCGAAUGGAUUCCGGAUACAAGUCCCCUCAGGUGCCGAGCAGCCCCUGCAACCCAAGACGGCACCUUGCUACUCCACACGAUGACUUCAAAGAGGAUUUCGCUAAAGCACAAGUCCUGGCGGAAAUUCUGGAUAGAAACUCCGAGACCAGUGACUCGCUGAGGAGCAACCCCGUGAAAGACCAUUUGGAGCAGAUGAUACUGAAUGCCGCCUCACCGGAGGACAGGGGCUGCUUGGAGCAGGUGCUAAUGUUGUUGUACAACUACCAAGCGCUUAGCAGUUCUGUCAGCGAAGAUGAAUGUUAUCAGGUGAAACCAAAAAGAAUUUGCGAUCUAAAAACGAAACAUGAAACAGACAGUCCAUUGCACAAAACUCAUAAAGCGAUCGCAACAGUAACACCGUACCAGCAGAAAGGCAAGAGUGAAUCACUCGAAAGCCUCUGUUUAGAUGAAAGGAAACCGAUCAAUUUAUUGCAAGAAAGUGGAAUAUUCGAAGGCGUUGAGACUGAAUGCAAAAGCACUCAGACAGACGUCAUCGAAAAUUUCGAAUGCAGUGGCGAAUUGAACACUGAAAUACAACGACUGAAUAGUAUUAGAGAAAAGUUAGAGAGACAAGGAGUUAGGAAUAGGACGUUAAGUGCUAAAGAGGAAGGGGAAGGACUAGAGUGCAGGUGUGUGAAGUUGGGGAAGAAACACAAACAGUAUUACGAGAGAAGAUUGAAGUUUCUUGAAGGAAAGAUAUCUAUAUACGAAGCAGCGCAGGACGUUAAAGAAGCUAAGCUAGCUCAGAGGCUACAGAAAGAGUUUCUACUCGAAAAUAGAAUACAGGAGUUGGAGAGUGAGCUGGGCGAGUUGCAGGACAAGUACGAGAGGUUGGAGGAGGAGUGUUGCGAGUUGGAGGAGAUUGAGAAUGACACGCGAUUACACUGGCAGCAACUAGAGAUGGACUACGAGCUGUGUACGGCGCAGCUGCGGGACAUGACUGAGCAGCGCGAGUGCUCGCGGGCGCAGGCAGAGCGGCUGAUGGCUGAGCUCAGUCAGCGCGAGUGCGCACUAAAGGCUAGAGAGAGCGAGCUGACAUGUCGGCUGCAGGGUCUGGAGAAGGCGGUGCCGGCGCUGAUCGUGUGGAAUGUGAUGCAGGCGCUCGACGCUCAGCUCUCUCCGGGGGGAAAGCGUAUCCUGAUGUCUCGUAUGGGUCCAUUAAAUCAGGACUCGAAGAACGCCAUCGCGACCUUCAGGAGGAGUGCGACCGCCAGCUCUGGACCUCUCGUACCCUAUCACAAUCCGUUCACCACCACUCUGGAGACACAAAUCAAUCUAUUAAUAGCAGAAAAGAGUGAGAUAGAGAAGAAGGCGAAAUCAGUAAAGGAGUCAUUCGAGAAGAAAGUGAGAAAUUUAGAAGAACAGUUGGAGACGGCGCGACGACAGCUCAGUGCUGCGGAGUGCGGCGCAGAAGUAAAACGGGAGAGGAUAGAAGAAAGGAUAGAACAGUUGGAGAAGAAAGUGAGAGAAGAGAAGGAAGCUGCCAGUAAGCCCAUCGACGCUACGACAGACAACAGGCUGAAGAAGCUGUUGGCCAAUGAAGAGGAGCUGAAGUCCCGAGUGUCGGAGCUGGAGAGGAGGGAGGCUGCGUAUCUGGAGAUGUUGGCGCAGGCAGAUGACAUGUGGGCGGAGAUGGAGGGAGGAUACAAGAAGAAGAUCCAGGAGUCACACGCCACAGAGACACAUCUCAAAGGAAUGAUAAAGAAACUGGAGAACGAGAAAGAUCAGAACAAGAAGAUGUUGGAGCCGAUGAAGAAGAAGUUGAGAGAAGUUGAGGAGUCGGAGUCAAUGAUGCGGAUAGCGCUGGAGAAGGCGGAGAGAGAUGCCAAAGUCCUCAGAUCUCAGAACUCCAACCUCACAGCUAUGUACAGUAAGGCUGAAGCUGAUGCUAAGAAGUCUGAAGCCGCUUUCAGAGCUCUUGAUGCUAAGUUCAAGAGAGAAAUAGAUCAACUGCGCAAAAUGAACAAGCAGUUGGACGAAGAUCUGAAGAGUCACAGAGAAGUGUCGCGAAAGUCCGAGGUCAGCUUCAUCACAGAUCUGGACUGCAUCAGGAAAGAACUGAACAGAGCUUGCAAGAACAAUCAAGAACUUGAAGUGACCAAUAGUGAAUUAAGAGAGGAGGUGGAAUCUCUGGAAAAGCAGCUAACUUUGACACAGAAAGCUCUCAGUCAAUGCAAGAGGAAAUGUGAUGAAAAACUAAAGACGUUAAGCCACGAACUAUCAAUUAAGACAGAAGAACUUGAAGAGAUGAGAAGUGAAUCUAUGCGACAAUUUCACGCAUCUAGAGUUGAUCUGAAACCAGAAAGAACUGAGUAUGUGGACGAAGGCUACUCUAUAUAUAAUGCUGUACCAAAGAAGACUGAUUACGGAAGAAUGCAUCACAGCAUGAGUUUUAUAACGUCAGAAUCGCGUUGUAGUUGUCCCACAAUGAGGAGUCAACUGGUCGGACAAUUGAUUGAAGAUUUAUUUGAUAGAAUGCAUAAUACUACAGAUGAUGAUCUGAGUAGACUAUGUGAGGAGAUAGGAUCUACUGAAGUCACUCCGGAAACAAAGUCCAAGAUCACCAACUACCUUCUGAUGGCCAUCUCCAAGGAACUCAUCAGAUCGAUUGGAGACGCGGAUGCGAAGACUGAAACAGAGGAAUGGAGGCGAGGCUUGUCUUCUCAGUCUGGUUGUGGGCGGGGCGGUGUGGGCGGGGCGGGGGGCGUGUCCGGGGGCAAUGUGGGCGUGGUGCGUGGCGCGGCGCGAUUGGCCAGCGUGAGCUGUGCGUGCGCGGCCGCACGACUCUGCGCCGCUGCGCCCGCGCUCGCAGAAACUGUCAACAUCUGUCAGGAGGAAGUUUUAGAGCAUGGAGACGUUAAGAUAAUGGAGGAGCAACUAGCAAACGCCAUUGAAAGUAUUGUUAAUUGUCCGUCCUGUGCGCUUGGUACAAACUCCAUAGUUUGGAGUACGGACGUAUAGAGUCAGUAGUACUUCUUGUUGUGUGUUUACCUCCACCGACCUCAAUCUGGUGCCUUCGUAGUUUAGCAAGUUAUUAACAUGUAUAUACUCUGUACAAUAAGUUAACUCUACGUCAAUAUCG